AUGCCCUCAAAAACACCCAUACUCCUGCUGAAGACCAGGUCAUCCCCUCACGAUGGUUAUGACGAUUUCCUCUCAACACAGGGCUACGACCCCUCCUUCGUCCCCGUCCUAGAACACCGCUUCAACACCAACAACCUCGCUCAAGUGCGGGACCUGUUCGCAUCCGGCGCAUUCGAGCUGGACAACGCUCACGCCAAUGCCAACGCCAAAGCCAAUGCCGACACAAACAUCGCCGCCCAAGAUGAAUCCACCCCCACUGAAACCGAGAGCACCCAGCCCAAGAAAUACGGCGGCAUGAUCUUCACCAGCCAGCGCGCCGUCGAGGGAUUCGCAGCCAUGAUCGAGCGAGAUGGUCUCCCCCUCCCCCCACCAUCCACCACCGCCCCAUUCCCCCUCUACACCGUCGGCCCCGCCACAGCCCGCACCUUAACCACCCUCCGCGACAAACACCUCCCAUCCGCCACAAUCCACGGCGCAGACGCAGGAACAGGCGAGAACCUCGCCUACCUGAUGCUGGACCACUACAACGCGCUGCACCCCCGCGCCACAGCCACAGCCACAAACACAAACAAACCAGGCCUCCUCUUCCUAGUCGGCGAACAGCGCCGCGAUAUCAUCCCCAAAACCCUCAUGGCGCCCUCUCUAGCCGAAGCCCGCAUCCCCGUCGACGAGAUAGUAGUCUACGAGACCGGGGAAAUGGAGUCGUUCGAACGCGACUUUGAGGCUGCUGUGCAGCGGUGCGUGCGGGAUCCCUCCGCGUCCCAGGAGCCGUGGGUGGUCGUGUUCUCGCCGUCGGGGUGUGAGGCUAUGCUGAGGGUUUUGGGGCUGGGCCCGUUUGCGAAGACGGGUGGAGGUGGGCGUAGGGUUUUUGUGGCGACUAUUGGACCUACGACGCGCGAUUAUCUGCGUGGUACGUUUGGUUUUGAGGCGGAUGUUUGUGCGGAGAAGCCUAGUCCUCAGGGCGUUUUGGAGGGCAUUAGGAAGUUUGUGGAGGGGCGGAGGGGUAUAUAG